AUGCCACCAUCUCAUGGGCAAACUGCAUCGCCCCCCGAGAUUCACGACAAGAGAGACGUGGAGUCGGGAAGUAGACGGCAGCCCAAACACGCCCUGUCACGCGCAAUCUGGAACUUUUCAUCGCAAUGGUUCUUGAUUCCUCAAGGCACGGGCGUGAUAGCGGUGAUUCUGCAUCAAUUGGAUUAUCAAUUUCGAGGCCUGCAGGUGAUUUCUGUGAUUAUCUGGAUCUAUACGAUUGUGUUGCUGGCAGUGGGAUUGGUGCUGUACUUGCUGAGAGUCUUUCUGUUCCCCCAACAUGUCGCACAUGAGAUCCGCGACAAUAUGAGCGAGAUUGCCUGUCUCGCGAGUAUCUCGAUCACUUUCACCACGAUCAUCCAAAUGACGGCUUUGGUGCUGGUUGACUUUUGGGGUCCGGCCUGGGGAAUGGUCGCCUACGUACUCUGGUGGAUUACCACCGCCAUGGCCGUCUUCGCGGUGAUGAUUAUCCCCUACGUAUUCGUCAAGGUGCAAUCGCCCGGAGUCAAAGCAGUGCCUCCCGUCAUUCUGCUCCCCUUGAUAUCCGCCUUGACCUCGGCCGCCGGCGGGGGAGUCAUCUGUCGCUACGGCGCCCUGAGUAACGAUCUCCAAGUCCCCGUCAUCGUGGUAUCUUACCUCGAAGUUGGACUUGGCCUGCCCCUGGCCAUGGCGUUCAGUGACGUCUUCGUCACCAGGUUAUUCGAUCGGUCCUUCCCGCCUCUCGAGAAGAUCUACCAAGAUAUGAUUCUCUGCGGGCCAUUCGGGCAAGGCAGUUUCGCCCUACAAAUCCUAGGAGUCGUUGUCGCCCAGGGUCGCUUCGCCCAAUAUAAUAGCGGUACUUUUCUUACGGCCGAAGCCGCCCGACCAGUUGCGUUUGCCAGUCAGUUUGUGGGACUUCUUGUCUGGGGAUACGGGACUUUCUGGUUCAUUUUUGCCUGUAUCAGCAUCGGUCAUACGUUACUCUCCCAGCCUGGGGGUCUCAAGAAGUCUCACUAUACCAUUUCAGCGUGGUCGCUGGUGUUUCCCAUGGGCGUAUAUACCAAUGCAGCUGUCCAAUUGGGCUCAAUCAUGGAUUCUACCGCGUUCAGGGUAUGGUCGACGAUCAUGACCAUCAUUCUCCUCAUCAUUUGGAUUGUGAAUCAUUUUCUUACCAUCAAAGGGUUGUGCUGCGGCAAGUUGCUGGGUUUGCGGCAUUCGGCCUGA